CCCUCUCAUUGCUUCACACACACAAUUCAGAAACAAGAAGUCCUUCCAGCUGAUAACAUGGAACUAAAUGUUGCAUAUGGAAACCUCGGUGACUUUCACCUUGAUGAAAUGAAAGAAGACAGAGGAAAACAUGAAAGGUUGAAGCCAGAACAUGGUGUUCGAUCAGCAGAGCCCAUCCGAGGAAGGUGGUCACCUCUCAUCACCUACAUCCUCCUGGUAUUCUCCAUCCUGCUGUCCAUAAUGAUUCUAGGCACUGCAGUGACGCUGUUAUCACAGCUGUCCAGUGAAAUGAAGACAUCAGAUGCCAGUUUUGAGAUGAAGCUUUCCCAGUUGAAGAGUACUGUUACAGGAAUAUCUGAGGAGACAAGUCGAUCACUCGUUAAAAUUAGCACGGAAAUUUCACUGCUGAAAGAGUCUGUAGGAAUCCAAGAGGAGAUAAGAAGAUUAGUGCCUGAACUUAGGACUACAACUGCAGAGCUGAAGGAGAAUCUGCCUCAUUUGCAGUGUCCCAUGCAAUGGACCCCAUUCAAGCAAAAGCUAUACUACUUUUCAUCACAUCAAGCAACUUGGGGAGAAGCCCAGAGGUUCUGCCAGUUAAUGGAUGCCAACCUUUCUGUCAUUAACAGUGCUGAAGAGCAGAUGUAUUUACAGUGGAAUAUACAAUAUGAUCAUUGGAUCGGACUGACUGACGCUACUAAAGAAGGGAAAUGGCACUGGGUAGAUGGUACAGAUUAUGCUUCAAAUGUCAAGUUUUGGUACGUUAACCAACCCAAUGGUGAUGAAAGUGAAGAGGAUGAAGAUUGUGUCGUGACCUCUAGUGAUGGAAAAUGGCAUGACUGGCCUUGCAGUUCAUUUCAUUCCACAAUCUGUGAAAAAUCAGCAUAAUAUUGUCUUCCUGAAUGUUACAGUCGAUGGAAAGUGAACCUAUUUUUAAAUGUUCAGUCUGUUUACAUUGGGAAAGCAGACUGGAGUUGGUGUUGGUGUGGUGGAUGUGUUUGCCCAGGGCUUUCCCUCUUCCUCUUGAUUGGAACUGCCCUAAAAGUCUUUGGUCACAUUCAGGAUUGUUCAUUUACUUUAACCUAAAAAUGCAAUGGUAGAAUGUCUCUAUUGUCCUGAGCAAUGGUGAAGCAGUUCCAUUCAUCAGGAUGUUGGAGAGUGCCAGUGCAUAUCUAUCUGUGCUUCCUGUUUCCUCAAGUUCUAUUGGAAUAAAGCUGUUCUGGAAAUCA